AUGAACCCAAAUGGAUACUCCCCUCUCGGACACGGUUACGAGCAGGACCAAGACGACCCAGCUUCACAACCACCUCCAUAUACCCUGACCUCAGAAGCACCCUCGUCGCCUUACUUAUCUUCACCCCACCAAGGCGCCCAUCAGCACACUGGACCAUCUGCUCCUCCUGCCCCUUCUCCCUCUGCUGGUUCUUCCUCGGCGACUCCAAGACUUUAUCCCCAGUUACACAACCAGCAGGUUACUCAAUCACAGACUACUUCACCUUCAACACCGCAGUCGCCGUACCAACACCACCAGUUCCAUCAGCAGCACCAGCCAAACAGCAGCAGCAGCAGCAGCAACCACAGCACCAGCCAUACUACCAACCAUAUCCACAUCAACAUCAUCAAGUAUCACAGUCGCCUCAGGCCCAACGGUAUUUGGGACCAGCUCCAGUAG